AUGGCCUUGAUAGUCACUGACUGUGGUAAAAUCUCUGCGAUUUCAAGCAGGAUUUUUGUGGUGAUUCGGGACAAGCCUCUGAGCUCCAUCAAAGCAGAUAUUGUACACGCCUUUCUCUCUAUUCCCAGCCUCAGCCACAGUGUGGUGUCUCAGACGAGUUUCCGGGCAGAAUACAAAUCCACGGCCGGCCCCACCGUGUUCCAAAAACCAGUGAAGUUCCAGGUGGACAUCACCUACACCGAAAGCACGGCUGCCACCAAGGAGAACGGCAUCUACUCUGUCACUUUCACACUGCUCUCAGGUCCCAGCCGACGCUUCAAACGGGUGGUGGAGACGAUUCAGGCUCAGUUGUUAAGUACACAUGACCAGCCUGGUGUCCAGCAGCUGUCUGGCAGCCCAUUGAGUAACUUCUUUGACGUAAUUAAACAGCUCUUUUCAGACGAGAAGAACGGGCAGGUGUCCCAUCCGCCCGGCACGCCCAAGCAUGCCAACAGCAAGAGACAUGAGCCUGAGCCUAAUGACUCCAAAUGUCCAUCUGGCCAAGACAAAGCCAAGAUGGCACCAUCAGUUGGGACACAGGAACAACCUUAAAACCAGGAGAAAUACUAUAUACUAGUUUUAAAAUAAAAGAAAAGAAAAGAAACAAAAGAAAAGAAUCCAGUCAUGGUGAAAGGAUGUUGUUGACUCAAGUUGAUUUUAACCAAGCCUCUACAAAGUUUUAUAUAAAGGAAUGAAUAUUGAAGUACUGUAUGUACUGACCCGACACUUUACAAAAGGCGCAUACAGACACGCUUAUUUAUUUUUUCUCUCCAGUGUUGUUUGUUCUUCACAGUGUCUCGUUAUGUUGUUUUAUGAUGCCUUUAUUUAUUUCUGCUACCAGGAAUUAUCCAGAAAACGUGUUAAAGCCCCAAGUCCUGCUCUUGCACAAGAUUCAUGUAUGGCACAUUGAUGGAGGGCACAUUACACAGGAAGUUCAGUACAAGCAGCUGAGGGAAACUCCUCAUUCUGAUGCAUCUAAACACCCCAAACACCAACAAGAUUCCUCAACUCCUUCCUCCUGCAGCUACUGUACAUACAGCCACACAUGUCCAAGGAUUUGGAGUGAAGCCUUAAAAUAAAGAUGUUUAUGAAUUCUCACUAAGCUAACCCACAAUUCAUCUUUUUAUUUAAACAUACUUUUUGUUUUUAUCCUUGCUGGUCUUCUUUCCUCCCCGUUCUCUGCUAAUGCACACACAAACACACAGACGUACAUACAGGACAUCGUUACAAAAGGACAAAUGGCGAAUGGAACUCUGGAUUUCAUAACGCACAUGUUUGAGGAGUUGCCCUCGAGGACCGUUGUUGGAUUGUAUUCUUUUCAAUGUAGUCUUUCUUUGUGAAAUGGAUAAUUUAAAACAUUUUAUGGACUCAGUGUCAUUGCUGUACAAGAUUUGGAGAUCCUAUUUGAAAAAUGGUGGGGAUGAACUUUUGGGGCGGGUCGUGGACUGGGACA